CCAAACACAUUGAAAAAAAUGAAUUUUGCGAAAUUGAAGAAAAUCUAAAUUUCUUAAAUCUCGAUGAAAAUAACUCUAUAAUAAAAAUUAUUAAUGGACACCAUGGGACCGACUCAGAAGUACAGGAUGAGAAAUUUAAAAAAUUGCAAAAGGCUUUAGCAAAUAUACAGAAAAAAACGUUCACUAAAUGGUGUAAUUCUUAUCUAGAAAAAAGAAAUCAAUCGAUCGAUGAACUAUACUCAGACAUAGGAAAUGGGAUCAUAUUAUGGCAUUUGCUAGAGAUUUUAUCUGGUGAAUCUUUAGGCAAACCUAACAUGGCUAAACAUAGAGUACAAAAGUUGGAAAAUGUUAACGUGUGCUUAACGUUCCUAAACGCUAAAGUUCAUCUGGAGAAUAUAGGUUCCGAAGAUAUUGUAGAUGGCAACGAACGACUUAUAUUAGGCCUCAUUUGGACCAUCAUCCUUCGUUAUCAAAUAGAUGACAUUUCUAUCGAUUUAACUCAGGAAGAAAGACAAAAAUUAUACAAAAAUGAACCAAAAUCAAAAAAAUACUCCGAUAUAUUAGAUGCCAAAGUAACAUCCAAAAAUGCACUCUUAAUUUGGUGUAAAAGAAGAACGAAAGGAUAUCAUAAUGUGGAUAUUCAAAAUUUUUCAUCCAGUUGGAAAGAUGGACUUGGAUUUUUAGCAAUAAUACAUUCCUAUAGACCAGAUCUCAUUGACUUUGAAGAUUAUAAAACCGAAAAUGCUAACCGAAAUUUAAAGGAAGCAUUCGAGAUUGCGGAGUCGUAUUUAGGGAUUUAUCGUUUAUUAGACCCUGAAGAUGUGAAUAGCGUAUAUCCGGACGAGAAAUCAAUACUGACUUAUCUGUCUUGCUUAUACCACUUUUUUCAUAAUCCUAAACUAUUGGGAAAGAUGUCUCCCGAUAAAAAGCUUAAAAAGAUUGAAAUUAUUGGCAAUUCAUCUUUGAUAGAAAACGAUCAGAAUAUUGCCAAAAAAAAAAACAAUAUCAACAAAAAUAAAAGUAAUAAUAAUACGAAAAAAAUAAUGGCUGACGAUGACGUAAAGGUAAAAGAUAACAUAAAUAAAGGUAGCUCGAAGGAAACUUCGAUCAUAAACGAAUUUUCGAAUACAAAUAAUAAUUCAAAUUUGAGUAAUAAAAAUACUUUUGAAUCUUCCUCCGAAACCGAAAAACAAAGCCGGGAAGAAACCCAAUCGCCUUCAUUUUUACAACAAAUUAAGCAGAAGUUAACUGGAACCACAACUAAUUUAACUAGUGAGGAAACCAACAAAUCGCCACCAGCCCAAACAACAACAGCACCUUUACUAACUUCUGAACCAUCUAGUCAAUCAGGAGGAUCUAGCUACUUGAACAGUGAUUAUUUUAGUUCUACCAACAACCCUUCAAUCAAACCUUUAGGAAAAGAUUUUGAUAGCAGUUUUGACAACAAGGUAACCGAUUAUUACGGACAUCCAAUUACUACAUCAACACCAAUGUCGAGUUCAACCAUCAUAAAAAAGACGAUAACCACUACUCGGUCCGGAGGAGCAAGUUCUGGAGGUGGAAUAGGAGGCUACAGUUCCUCAUCUUUUAUAAAAGGUGGAUCUGGGGGUGGCCUAGGUUUCGAUUCCUCAUUCGCUGCCUCUCCCAAAGCUACAAUAGCCUUUAGAGAAAAGGAGAAGAAAGAAUUGCAAGAUCUUAAUGAAAGAUUUGCCAGUUACAUCGAGAGAGUAAGGAAACUUGAAAAACAACACGGCGAACUUAUCGAAGAGAUUGUAGCUAUAAAAAACGAACUGAUAAGGAUAGUUAGUUCAGUCAGAGCUCAAUAUGAAAGUGAACUAAGAGACGCUAGAAAAGAACUUGAUGUUACCUCCAGGGAUAAAGCUAGACUUGAAGUUCGUUGCAAUAGACUCGAAGACGAUAUAGAUGAAUACCGAAUUAAAUAUGAUGACAUCUCCCGCCUUCACCAUACUGAACGCGAUAAAUUGCUUCGUUUGGAAGUAUUGCUGUCUGAAAAAGACGGAGAGCUGGCCAAUUUACAAAAGAAACUGGAUCAAGCCAACGACGAUAUUGAUAGAUACAAGAGAGAACUUGCACGUUUGUUAGACGAACUAAUGAAUGCCAAGAUUACUAAUGAGGAGGAAUUAUUGAUUAGAGUUGAUUUAGAAAACAAAUUACAGAGUCUUCAAGAAGAUUUGGAUUUCCAACAACAGCUUCAUCAAGCUACCUUAAAAGAAUUGAUGGAGGGAAUCAAAAGCAGUGAUACGGGAGAAUUUAAAAGAAUUUUCCAAAAUGAAUUAUCUUUAGCAAUUAAGGAUAUCAGGACCGAAUAUGAAAACAUAUCCAAAAUGAUGUAUCCAGACAACGAGGGCUGGUACAAGACCAAGAUGCAAGAAUUUAUGGAACUUACUCAAAAGAAAAACGUCGAAGAAAUGAAUGCUAAAAGCAGCGCCCAGAUCUCUAGAUCAAGAGUUUCCGAAAUCAGUACAGAAAUAAUUGAGUUACGAAGUGCUAAUUCUUCCUUGGAAAAAAGGAUCAUGGAACUUGAGAGAGCUAUUAGCAAUGAAAAUUCUGAUUUUGAAGCUCAGUUGGCUCAAAGAGAUUACGAAAUGCAAGAGCUUCAAGAGAGAAUUGCGGCGCAGUUGUUCGAACUAAGGGAGUUAAUGGAUACCAAGCUCAGACUUGAUCUAGAAAUAGCUGCUUACAGACGUCUGCUGGAAGGAGAAGAGAAUAGAUUAAAUCUCUCCCCUGAAUCGAUCAAGCACGUGAGGAAAGCUAUAAGCCAGAUAGGCACACGAGAAAUUCUGGGUCAAGAUUCAUUGUCUAAAGCUUUGGCAGGCGAAUCUUCUACUAAAACAACUUUUCAAAGAACUUCUAAAGGACCUUUGACAAUUUCCGAAGUUGACCCUGAAGGUCAUUUUGUAUCGCUUGAAAAUACCAGCAAACUGAAGGAACAAGUAAUCGAUGGAUGGCAAAUCAGAAGGAAUAUUGACAACCGAGAAAAUAUUAUCUACAAUUUCCCGAAAUUCACCAUUAAGCCCGGAAAAACUGUCAAAGUUUUUGCUUCUGGAUAUUACGAUGGAAAGCCAGACAAUUUAGAAUUUAGAGACCGCAGAUCUUGGGGAACGGGUAGCAACGUUACUACUUCUCUUCUAACAGACAAGGGAGAAGAAAAAGCCUCUCACCUUCAGAAGACCAUAAGCCAUUAAAAUAUUUUUCAAACAAAUAUCAGCUUAUUUUUAAUACAUAAAUUGUUCCUUCAAUUAUUUUCAUAUCUUUAAAUAAAUAGCUUAUCAUUAUAUAUCGCUUAACGGUUCAUUGUAAAACCUUUUUUUUUUUUAAAUUUAUUAAUCAAUUCACUUAUUAUAAGAUACAAUAGUUAUUACAAUAUUAAAUUUAGGAAUUAUAAAAAAAUUUACAUCAAUAACAUAUUUAAAAUAUUAUAGAUGAAUAAAAACCGGUGAUAACUUAAUUAUAUUAUAUUUACAAUUUCAUUAUUAAAUUUUGCACAUUCCAACAUUUAUUUAUUCCCUACACACCUAUUUUCUAUACCAUUUAUCAAAUAUUAGUUUUUGUGUAUAAUCAAAAUAUUUUAAUUUAUAUAAUUAGCUAUUAUUGGUAAUUUAAAGAAUGUUUAAAUAAAAUUUCAUUUAGCA